AUGAUCGGUAGAUUUCACCUUAUUAUGACGCUUGCAGGACUGCUGCAGGUCUUGUUCGCGGCUGCGGGAUCGGCGCCGGUUCUCGUGCUCAACGAUGUCCCGUCCGACCGGCGUCUCCAUUGGAUGAAGGUCGCCCACGAAGCCAUAUAUGUCGUCCCGAAUGCACACCCUUGUCCGGCGCACCCGUUUGGGACUGCCAUUGUGAAUACUACGUCAGAUCAACUGGUAUGUAUCGCUGCAAAUCAAAUCGACGCCACUGGUGACCCAACGCUGCACGGUGAGAUAGCCGGCAUUCGGAACUGCACGAACGUGCUUGCCGCUCGUGGGUUGUCACCUGCCGAAAUAUCUGCUGCCUGGCGAGACUUUUCAUUGUAUACGAACGGGGAGCCUUGCGCCAUGUGUGGUUCUGCCAUUCGCCAGGGGGUUGAGCUCAAAAUGUCCAGUUGGAUGGGUGGCAGGAGUGUUGGUGGAUGGGUCAACCAUAUGGGAGAAGUCCAACUCGCUACCUCAUGGCACAAGCAGGACUGGAAGUACGGCACUGCUAAACAUCACUUGAUGCAAGAAUCUGAUGACGAUCCGUUUAAUGAGGGCCGUGCCAACGGCCAGCGGGCCAGCGGGAUGGCCCCGUCACGUACAGUAGAACCAAACAUGUUCCGCGUUCUAACCACGCCCUCGUCAUUUCGCUUCAUUCCUCUCGUAUCAACAUUCCCAAUCAGCACUGCGUUUAUCAUGGCACUCCACGAUGUGCUUACCCCCGGGGAGCAUGAAGCCUUGGGGUUCAAGAAAGCGGGCAAUUGGGAUGCAAGUGACCCCAGAUACAACCAGUACGCCCCAGGCUCGCCGUCCAACCCACUCUCUGAGACUACCAAAUUGCCUGUCGAAGCCAUCCAGCACGCCUCCUCGGACAUCGACUCUCUCUUCGAUGACGACGGUGUCGACGUCGAUUCCGAGCUGGGCGACUUCACGGCGACACUGGAGACCGUUUGGCCUCGCAAGCGUCAGGAGGGUUCCACUCCGACUUCCGAGCCACCUCGCAACCCUUCUUCGGCGAGCGGAGGAGGAGACCACAGUGAUGAAGACAACACCCAGCCACUGUCCAAGAAACGCAAGAUCCACACUCCCAAGCCUACCGUCGCGAGUCCCGAUGGCCCUCCUCAAAACGCGCCUGAUGAGGUUUGGGAGCGCGACCAGUACGCCGGUCUGGAACCCGAGGACCUUAUUACCCUACUUGUUCAGCGUGACAGGCAGCUGUACGACAGUGACGAGAAGGUUAUCGCCCUCAGGGAGAAGCUUGCCGCGGCGCGCAAACUCACCCUCGCGAUUUGCGACGAGACCACGUUUUAA